AUGAAGAUCACCUCCAUCGCCGCCACCGCGCUGGCCAGCGCCUCCCUCUCCUCCGCGGCCAUCUCGCUGCCCAACGGAUGGUUCUCGAUUGCCCCCGAGGAGAAGAUCAAGCCCGGCAAGCUCAAUGGCGAUCCCCGCUACCUGACCUGGAUGGCCGACUCCCAGAUCAAGCACGGCGUCGAGCCUACCCACGCCUACACCAUCUCGUCCUUUUACUCGGGCGUCCUGCGGGCGUUUGAGCGCACCGGUGACCAGAAGUACUACGACUACGUCAAGCACGCCACCGACAUCCUCCUCUACCCGGCGCAGAACGGAGAGAUCCUGCUGUACAACAACAGCAACUCGAUCGAUGACAUCCGCUUCGGCCACACCUUCUUGGACAUCUACAACGCCACCGGCGACGAGAUCUACAAGACGGCCGCCCAGACCCUGCGGAACCAGAUCGACCGCACCGGCCGUACUCCCGACGGCGGCUUCUACCACCGCUACCCCGUCUACAUCGACCAGAUGUGGCUCGACGGUAUCUACAUGCUCGACGUCUUCUACGCCCGCUGGACCCGCGAGUUCGAGCCCGACAACACGACUGCCUGGGACGACAUCGCGCUCCAGUUCGACCUCAUCGACGCCGGCACCACCGUCGACCGCAACCGUACCAACGGCCUCCCGCUGCACGGCUUCGACUGGGCCAAGAAGGCCGUCUGGGCCGACCCGGAGACCGGCGCCUCGCCGCACGUGUGGGGCCGCGCCGUCGGCUGGUACAUCAUGGCCCUGGUCGACGUCAUCGAGCUGUUCCCCGAGGACCACGCCGGCCGCGAGCGCCUGAUCAAGUACCUGCAGUCCGUCGCCGACGCCGUCGUCGCCGCCCAGGACAAGAAGACCAAGGGCUGGUGGCUCGUCAUGACCCCCGGCACCGAGGGCCAGUGGGGCAACUACAUUGAGAGCUCCGGCUCGGCCAUGUUCGUCUACGGCCUGCUCAAGAGCCUGCGCCUCGGGUACAUCAAGGGCGACCAGUACCUCAAGACGGCGCUCAGCGGCUACAAGCUGCUGACCGGCACCUUUGCCGACACGCGCAAGAGCGACAACGCCCUCGUCUGGGGAUGGACCGUGCAGACCGGCAGCCUGAGCUCCAACGGCACGUUCGAGUACUACGCCAGCAUGCCUCUCUUCGAGAACGACCUGAAGGGUGUCGCGCCCUUCCUGUUCUCCAGCUACGAGUACGAGCUGUACUUGGAGGGCAAGAAGUAA